AUGGGCCGAAUGGCCGAUGUGAAGACUGAAGGGAACCAUGUUUGGGAUCUCUCUUCUCCAACACCCAGCGAGGAUAAUCGGUCUGAUUACUUUUCUCCGCGCGAUUCCCUUCCGGCAUUUGCCCUACUCACCUCUGAUGAGGACCGCGAGAGAAAGGCCGAGGCGUCUAGUCCCGGAACAUACCAUGUGGUUGUAGUGCCGGACAGCUUCUCUGCACUACCAGAAUACUCGGAUGAUAUGGAAAAGCCCAUGGUGACAAGUACCGAGGUAUCAAAUUCUGUCGCAAACAGCCCUAUCAGUGGGUAUAAACCGGUCAAUCAGUCAAAUGAUCCCAAUGUGGUCAUUUUGAAGACUUUCGAGGAUUCAACCCGACGUUCUCCUUCCUCCGGGAGACCAUCCAGAAUCUCUCCUACAUCGGAGAUCUCAGAUCCUUUCUGCGCCUUAUCUUUGUCCCCCAUGUUUGAUCCUCUUCCCUCUCCAGAUCUCUUGGAAGAGGACAGGAUAUCAUACUUGGACUCCUGUUUGGAUCAGAAGACUCAGGAUAACACCCUCUUCGCACAUUUCCGUCAUGUUGUCUGGAAGCAAUUGUUCCCGCAUAAUCGGGAGCAGGAUGACUCGUUUGGAUAUGAAAGCAGUGGCAUGACUCUAAGUGUGGAUUUUCUUGAGCGUGAAGCUGCUCACUUUCCUCCGCUUGCUCAUGCUAUCAUGGCGGUUUCGGCUCUCAGUCUCUCACAUAGUGGGACUGGUCAGAAUUUGGAUGCUUUGCAGUACUAUCAACAAGCCUUUCCUUCUCUCCAGACCAGUCUUCGUAAUAACGAUGAUCUUGUCUCUGAUGGCCUGUUUCUCACCCAUUUCUUACUUCUGAUCUAUGAGGUUGCCGCUGCUGAACCUCACGGCUCAAAUCUCUGGUCUCAUCACAUCUCUCGCUUACUUCACAUCUCCUUUCUCCGUCGCACGCAUUUCGGCUGCGAGCCACACCCAUUCAUUAUCUGGUGGAUCUGCCAUAUCGACCUCUACGCUUUGCUGAGUGGCGCAGGUAGUGGAGAGUUUAUUCGCGCAGUAUUGGAUCACCAGAUGCUUCCAGGAUCCGAAUGUCUUCUUUACCCUUCCGUCGCGGAGGGAUUCAGCGUUAUUUACGCCGAUGAACACGACAGUUUACCUGUCAUGAUGCGUCUUUACGCUGAUACGUUCAAACUAGCCGCUCAGCUGGGAUUCCUGGCUGCACAGCUUCGUCGUGAAAAGCAAUCUCUGCCUAUCUCCGAAUUUCAUCCCCGCUCAAAAGAAUUGUGUGAUUUGCGUCAGGCUUUUGGUCAACUUUGGGAAGCUCCGGAUGUUGCCUGGUGGCAUCAGCACCAGGAGGGACUUCCUAGACGCUCCCAGGAGAUCCUACAACAGUCCGCAACCUUAUUCCACGUCUGUCAUCUAUUCUCAUAUAGUAGCAUGUGGUCCGGCCAACGUCUGGAAUCAGAAUUCAGCCCAGAUGGCGAGAUAGAUCACCACGCCUCUGAAAUCCUACGCAUAGCAGAGCAAAGCACAAAUACGCACCGUGCUGAUCGACAUUUCCUCGUGUUCCCACUUUUCCUAGCAGGCGCCACUGCCUCAGCUAGUGGAUUAAAGAUGAUGGCAAUGGAGUUAAUGACGGGCAUGGAAGAUGAAGAGGAUGGAAUGGGUAGGAAUGCAGCUACUACGCGAGCUAUCUUGCAGACGGUUUACGAACGACAACUUGAGCGCCUGAUGCGUGUUGGGCAUACGCUUGAUGUUGAGUGGGCCGAUUUGAUGACCCAGGAGGGAUUGCAAAUGGUUAAUUUUGGUUUUUGA